UCUUUACUUUUUAUUGCAUUUAAUGUCAUUUUAAGUUCUCAAGUUUUGAUUUUUAUCAUUUUUUUCUUGCUAUAUUUGUUAUGAUUUGGUUACAUUGGCCUUGUUAACUUGGUGUGUAUGUGUAAAUUUGCUUGCUAAAUAUCUUCUUGUUAGUUCUUGGGAAGAUGGUGUUUGGGUCUUGUCGUUGACAGGAUUCGAACCCUCGUCAUCCGGUAAAGGGGGAAGGGAGCAAGGGAGAUACCGUUGGACCAAGAUAUUGUGUGUUUAGUUUGUGAAACUGUGAGCUUGUGCUAAUGGGUGGUUGAGACUGCUAGAUAGUUCUUGGUUUCUGGGUGUUCAUAAAUUAUUCAAAGAAUGAGUGGCAUGGGUGAGAACUCCAGAUUUCAGAAUAACAAAAUUAAGAAGCUAGAAAAUCUUAAAAGUCAAUAUAGUAAAGAUGUCACAACUGGGAGUGAGCUUUGGACAGAUGGCCUUAUAUGUGCUUUUGAAUUGGUGAAAGGGCAUAAAAGAUCAAGUUCAAAGUCCCACUUGAAGAUUCAGCCAGCUCCUCGUGUAAAUGGUGAAAGGUUAAAUAAACAAGUGCCUACUCAUGGCCGAGUUGAGGCUUCUACCAGAGAUGAUAAUAAUAGUUUACUGGAUUGUACAUCUCUUAUUGAGCUGGGAACAAAUCAAGUUGGCUCUGUGAAUGAUGACAUAGAUAAUCAUGACUCCCAAUGGGAGCAUGCUCAUACUCCUGAGAAAUUUCAAGGGAGUCAUUGGGUUCCAAUCGGAUGGACUAGAAUAUCUGAACUUGUCAAAAAAGUGCAAGUGGAUGCUGCAUGGGUCUCACAGCAAUUUGACUUCAUGGAUGAUGAAGAUGAUCGUACUAUUGCAGACUUAGCAGCUCCUUAUUGGGAGAGGGCAGCUGGGCCGAUAUGGUGGUGCCAUGUGGCUGCUGGUCAUCUCUUCGUUGAUGAAUGGCUCAACAAUGCUCAGUGGUUGCACCCUGCCAUAAGCGUUGCUUUAAGAGAUGAAAGUCGGCUGAUAAGUGAGCGAAUGAAACACCUUCUCUAUGAGGUCCCUGUUAGGGUUGCUGGUGGUCUAUUGUUUGAGCUAUUGGGACAAUCAGCCGGUGAUCCUUAUGUUGAUGAAGAUGAUAUUCCAGUCGUUCUUCGUUCCUGGCAAGCACAAAACUUUCUAAUCACUGCAUUACACAUGAAAGGAUCUGCAUCAAACGUAAAUGUACUGGGCAUUACAGAAGUUCAGGAACUUCUUUUUGCUGGUGGUAAUAAUACACCGAGAACAGCACACGGAGUUAUUGCACAGCUAGCUAGCCGCCUGGCUCGAUGGGAUGAUAGAUUGUUCCGGAAAUCUAUUUUUGGGACAGCUGAUGAAGUGGAGCUGAAGUUUAUAAACAGGACAAGUCGUGAAGAUUUAAAUCUUUUGAAUAUUAUCCUUAAUCAAGAAAUCAGGAGGCUAUCAAGACAGGUUAUUAGAGUGAAAUGGUCACUCCAUGCUAGGGAGGAGAUCAUAUUUGAGCUUCUUCAACACGUUAAGGGAACCACUACUAGAAGCUUGCUUGAAGGAGUACGAAAGAGUACACGGGAAAUGCUUGAAGAGCAAGAAGCAGUUCGUGGCCGAUUAUUCACUGUUCAAGAUGUCAUGCAGAGUACCAUGCGUGCAUGGCUGCAGGACAGGAGUCUCAGGGUCACUCAUAAUUUGGCCGUUUUUGGUGGAUGUGGCCUUGUUCUUUCAAUCAUCACAGGGCUGUUUGGAAUCAAUGUUGAUGGGAUCCCUGGAGGAAGUAACACGCCUUAUGCUUUUGGUCUCUUCGCAGCUAUUCUUUUCUUUAUAGGAAUAGUGCUAAUUGCUUUAGGAUUGCUCUACCUUGGGUUAAAAAGGCCGAUCACAGAGGAGCAGGUUGAAAUUAAGAAGCUGGAGUUGAAGGAGAUGGUAAAAUUAUUCCAGCACGAAGCAGAGACGCAUGCCCAAGUUCGUAAGAAUGUUUCCCGCCAUAAUUUGCCCCCAACUGCCGGUGAUAGAUACCGAGAUGAUGCUGAAUACAUUCUCAUCGGUUAAACGUUUCAGUAGUUUUUCAUCCAUGAAAAAGAAAUCAGAACACUCUGUGUUUCCCAUUAUCAUCUCUGUAGUGAGGAUGGAUUCAGUCUUGACUAACUAUAUAGUCAAACGAAGAAGCUAGUCCCAGUGAAAAGGUAUCACGACUGAAGAACACUGCUCUAUUAACCUCUACUGCAGCACCGCAAGUCUUGUUGAAGCUGUCAACUUCAAACUAUUAUCCUCCAAGGUGCAAGGUGCUAGAGUAAUAGUUAACAACUUUGCCAUGUUUUCUCUCUUAUUCUUACAUAUACGUCAAUGGUUUUUUCUCC